AUGAAUCUGUUUGCAAGUAUUCGCUCAAGUAUUCGCACAGUAUUUAUUCGAAUUUCAGAUCGCACCAAUUCGCACUUCGCACCCAUUCAAAUCAAUCCAAUGGAGCCACCUCCCUCCUCCUUGCUUCAAUGCAUAGACCCAUAUCUACCCCAGAACAGCACUCCACACAAAAAACCCUUCGUCACCUUGACCUACGCUCAACUGCUCGACUCGCGUAUCGCGGCAGCGCCAGGAAUUCAAACCAAAAUCUCUGGUCCUGAAACCAAGUCCAUGACUCACUAUAUACGUUCUAAGCACGAUGCGAUCAUGGUGGGAAUCGGAACUGUUUUGGCAGACGACCCAAAACUCAAUUGCCGCCACGAGGCAGGAAAAAGUCCAAGGCCAGUAGUAUUGGAUCCGAGUGGUAAAUGGGACUACAAGCUGUCUCAAUUGCAUCAAUUGGUGGACCAAAAUACAGAUGAUAUAAAAGCUCUUGCUCCAUACAUUAUUGUGAGGGAUGAUGUUGACAUCGACACCAAAAAUGAAAAAGAAGUUAGUCGUCAAGGUGGAAAAUAUAUACGUCUUUCAUUGCUGCGAAAUAGGUUGCAAAACUGGCACUUGAUUUUCGAUGAACUUGACAAAUUGAGCAUUUCUUCGGUCAUGAUUGAAGGUGGAGCACAAAUUAUUAACGACCUUUUACUGUUUCAAAAAACUGAAGCUUUCAUUCAUUCUUUGAUUAUCACCAUUGGCCCGGUAUACUUGGGUGAGCAAGGAGUAGAAGUUUCUCCACCCAAAGGCGUAAUACCCACAGACUGUACGUGGUGGACGGGAAGUGACUGUGUGAUGUGUUCACGGAUAAGAACAUAA